AUGGAAACCUUUUUUAGGCGGCACUUUGGGCGCAAGGGGCUGCGGCGCAGCAGUGUGGUGGCUGUGCCCACGGGCAAGGUCAGGCGUCGCUCCCAGGUGGGGCUGCCUUCCACCUCGCUGGCCCAGUGCCGCCGUGGCUCAGGCACCCCGGCAGCAUCCCUCUCCUGCCUGGGCCUGGUCCGGCGUCCCGGCACCCGCCGCCGCUCCAGCACUACUCCGCCCUGCCUCAGCCCCAGGUUUGCAGUGCAGAAGAAGUGCGGGGGCCAGGCACAGGCCAUUGAUGCCCAGCUGCUGGGUCCCACUGUGCUCCUGGCCAGCCUCAUUCCCACGGGAGAGGAGCAGGACAGGGCUCACGGCACUGACAGCUCCAGAUCUGAGUCUCCAGAGGACGGUGAUGCAGCAGCGGGAGCUGAGCAGGGCCAGCACGAGCAUUGUGCUGAGGAGACGUGGCUGGCCAUGCUGCCCCAGCUGCGGCCGCUCCAGGCAGGGCUGCUGUCGCGGGGUCCCCGCUGCCUGCGGCGCUCCUCCUCCCACCGCCUGCCCACCGAGGUCGUGUAUGGCCGGGCUGCCUACGGCCUGCCAGGCCGCUACCGCCGCCUCAGCCAGCGCCGGCGCUCCAGCGAUGCCCCUCAACCUGGGCUGCUCCUCUCUGGCCACCCACAGCUGCUGGCCCAGCACUCUGCAGGAGUGGCCGGAACCAGGUGCCCCUCUGCCACUCUCGCCGAGGGUUUGGGACCAGAGCCUACCUGCCACACCACCCCGGAUGGCUGGAGCCCCCGGCUGCUGAAAGCUAUUGCCAAAUCCAGUCUUCAGCACAUGGUAGCCCAGCCAAACCCGGCACUGGCCAUGAGGAGCGACUCAGAGAGGCAGAUACGCAGCACUGUGGAUUGGAGCGAGGCUGCGGUCUAUGGGGAGCACAUCUGGUUUGAGACCAGUGUCUCUGGGGACUUCUGCUACGUUGGGGAACAGAACUGCAUGGCAAAGCUUCUGCAAAAGCCUCUCUCCAGGCGUAAAUGUGCAGCCUGCAAGAUCGUAGUGCAUACACCCUGCAUCGAACAGCUGGAGAAAAUAAAUUUCCGCUGCAAACCUUCCUUCAGGGAGUCAGGAUCCCGGAACAUACGGGAGCCCAUUGUUGUCCGACAUCACUGGGUGCACCGGAGGCGGCAGGAGGGGAAAUGCCGUCAGUGUGGCAAGGGUUUUCAGCAGAAGUUUGCCUUCCACAGCAAAGAGAUUGUAGCCAUCAGCUGUUCGUGGUGCAAACAAGCGUAUCACAGCAAAGUAUCAUGUUUCAUGCUGCAACACAUUGAAGAGCCCUGCUCACUGGGGGCUCAUGCUGCUGUUGUCGUUCCUCCCACCUGGAUUCUGCGGGUCCGGCGGCCCCAGAAUCCUCUGAAAUCUAGUAAGAAGAAGAAGAGGACAUCAUUCAAGCGGAAAUCCAGUAAAAAGGGGGCUGAGGAAGGGAGGUGGAAACCCUUUGUCAUCAAGCCCAUGCCAGCUCCUCUCAUGAAGCCCUUGCUGGUGUUUGUGAACCCCAAGAGCGGUGGGAAUCAGGGAGCCAAGAUCAUUCAAUCCUUCAUGUGGUAUCUCAACCCACGGCAAGUUUUUGACCUCAGCCAGGGUGGACCCAAGGAGGCGCUGGAGCUGUACCGCAAAGUCCACAACCUCCGAAUCCUGGCAUGUGGGGGAGAUGGCACGGUGGGCUGGAUACUCUCCAUUCUGGACCAGUUACGCAUCAACCCACCUCCUCCUGUGGCCAUCCUACCUUUGGGGACAGGGAAUGACUUGGCCAGAACACUGAACUGGGGUGGGGGUUACACAGAUGAGCCUGUGUCCAAGAUCCUUUCGCAUGUAGAAGAUGGGAACAUAGUGCAGCUUGAUCGCUGGAACCUCCAUGUGGAACCAAACCCUGACACAAACCCUGAGGAAAAGGAUGAGGCAGCUGCUGACAAGCUGCCUUUGGAUGUCUUUAAUAACUACUUCAGCCUUGGCUUUGAUGCACGGGUGACACUGGAGUUCCACGAAUCCAGAGAGGCCAACCCAGAGAAGUUCAACAGCCGGUUUCGGAAUAAAAUGUUCUAUGCUGGGACGGCCUUCUCUGACUUCCUCACCGGGAGCUCCAAGGACUUGGCAAAGCAUGUCAGGCUGGUUUGUGAUGGGACAGACCUGACCUCCAAGAUUCAGGACCUGAAGCCCCAGUGCCUGGUCUUCCUUAACAUCCCAAGGUACUGUGCAGGCACCAUGCCCUGGGGCAAUCCUGGGGAGCACCAUGACUUCGAGCCCCAGCGCCAUGAUGAUGGCUGCAUUGAAGUUAUCGGCUUCACCAUGACAUCACUGGCUGCCUUGCAAGUUGGUGGCCACGGGGAGCGGCUCUGUCAGUGCCGGCAGGUGGUUCUCACCACAUCCAAGGCCAUCCCCAUGCAAGUAGAUGGAGAGCCCUGCAAGCUGGCAGCUUCCUGCAUCCACAUCUCUCUGCGCAACCAAGCCAACAUGGUGCAGAAGACCAAGCGGCGCAACUCCAUGCCUCUGCUCAAUGACCAGCAGCCAGUGCCCGAGCGGCUGCGGAUCCGGGUGAGCCGAAUCAGCAUGCGUGACUACGAGGCACUGAACUAUGACAAGGAAAAGCUCAAGGAAGCCUCUGUGCCACUGGGGAUCAUUGUGGUUCCAGGAGACAGUGACCUGGAGUUGUGCCGGACCCAGAUUGAGAAGCUGCAGGAGGAUUUCCCUGCACAGCCCUCUGCUUUAGAGCGCCUGCUCUUUCAGGAGGGAGAUGGAGCCAAGCCGAAGACACUGUCAUUUCAGAAGCUGUCACCCAAGUGGUGCUUCCUGGACUCAACCACAGCCGAUCGGUUCUACAGGAUAGACCGUGCACAGGAACACCUCAACUAUGUAACAGAGAUCUCUCAGGAUGAGCUUUAUGUGCUGGACCCAGAGCUAGUGGUUACUCAGACUGUGAGCACUUCUCCUGCCAUGCCUGACCUUGUGGACUCAUCUGCCACAUCCCCUGGGCACCAUUUUGCAUUUCCCUCCUCUUCUUCCUCUCCACCCUCCUCUCCUGCCCCCAGUGCUGAGCCUGAGCGCUGCCUUGCACAUAAAGAUGACCUUCUGAUAGAAGCUGCCAAGAGUGGCAACUUCAGCAAGUUCCAAGAGCUGCACCGAGCUGGAAGAGACCUGAUGGUGCGAGACUCCUCUGGCCAGACCGUCCUCCACCAUGCUGUCAAAUCAGGAAGCAAGGACAUCGUCAAAUACAUCAUUGAGAAUGCUCCUUCAGAAAUCCUUGAUGCCACAGAGGAGGAGAACGGUGAAACCAGCUUGCACCAGGCUGCAGCCUUACGCCAGCGCACUAUCUGCCACUACAUCGUGGAGGCCGGGGCCUCGCUCAUGAAGACAGACCUGCAGGGAGACACCCCCAAGCACCGUGCUGAGAAAGCCAAUGACCCCGACUUAGCUGCCUACCUCGAGAACCGACAGCACUACCAGAUGAUCCAGAGGGAGGACCAGGAGACAGCUGUGUAGUGCUUGGCGUGCCUUAGCCCAAGCCCGCUCAUGCAGGAUGAGAAGAAGACAAUGCCAACUGGCAGAUCUGUAUCUGGCCCAAUCCUCCCCAGAUGCCAACCUGAAAAUGGAUACGGAAGAGCUCUGCCCCAGGAUGGGCUGUGACUCUGUUUAUGAGGACAACGAAUAUUUCAGACGUGAAGCCUGAUUCUUUAUGUGUCCACCUGUUCAUCUCUCAUUCACCACAUUCCCUGCCCUAGGUGGGCUCUAACCCCCAGCCAUGUUGGAGCAGGCUAGGCUGAAGGCUCCAGUCACCCUUGUUCAUGGCAGUAAUUCCAGUGCCCCCUCCACAGGCUCCUACCUAUGAUCCUUGUGGGAUAUCAUUGCUCGGCCCCUCUCUCUGCUGGCAGUGUCCCUCUUUUAGGUGCUUGGCUGGGUUUGUGUCCUGUUCCUCCUCUCCUGUCUGGCACAGCUGUGGGAGGCAUAGGCUGCAUCAACAGACUGCAGAGGCCAUGAGCCACAGACUUUGCCCCAAAGGAAGCAGCACAACUUACUGGCCUUGCCUUCUCCUCCCUCCUGGGACUGCACCAGGUCUCUGUGUUGCCCUCUCCAGAGCCUUCUGAAGCAGGAGGGAAGUCACUUGUGCAUCCAGCCUUUCCUCGGAGCAUCUGGGAACUGGUGCAGCUGGAAAUAGGGCAGCAGGUGCCCUCCUGAUGGGCCUUUAGUGCUCAGUCAGCAGUCUGACUCAGGGCUGGGAUGGCAUGGAGGAAAGCUACCAAACCCUCCCACCACACUUGUCUCCACAGCGCUGGGUGGAACAGUUUGUACACCCACUCUGCUGAGCAUCUCUUUGUGAGCCCGCUGCAGGAUGGUGGAGAGCUGCCCUCCCUGCUUCGGUAUCCCCCUCAAUGCUAGACUUUUUACGGGGCUGGAUGGGCAGUGCUGGGGUCAGUACUGCUCUCAGGGAUCCCCUCCUGCCCCCCAACCUGGCAACAUGUAUCCUCUUAGAAGGAGUCAGACUAUUUCCCAAACUGGGCAUAGGGCUUUGCAGGGGGAAUUUGAGAGCCCACCCAGCUGAGACACAACCCACUUGGGCAGACCACGAGCUCACCCUCUCCAGUUUUAGCAGAAAGAAGGAUUGGGAUUCACAGAAACCUUCAGGGCUUCUAGCCCUAGGUCAUGCCUGCAAGGGAUGAAUUUCACCCACCACCUGCUAUGGGGCAUGAGGCACCACAAUCCAUCUCCCCUGUUGAUGCUGGGAGCACUUGAUGCUAAGACAUCAAGCCAGGCCUUCCGCAAGGCUUUUGCAGAACUGAAUCUGUGAGACUAGGAGGUGCCCACAGAGGAGGAAAGCUGAUGGCUCUGAGCCUAGCAGACCUGGUUGGCACUUUGGGGUGAGCAGUGGUUGUGAAGGGGGUUGCUGUUUGCAGCUUGGCUCCAGCAGAGGAUACUGCUGCUGCCAGGUGUGGUCUGUGCAGUCCCUCAGCACUCACGUGCAGCUGUGCCCCUGGGUGGUGCUGGGUGGCACCAUUUUAAUCCCUCCUACUACCAAGGAAACGGUAUGAGGAUACUGUAGGGAACCAUGAUACCCUUCAAACUUUUUGUCCAGGGGCAGGGUUUCCUUGAAGGAUGGGAGAUGCUGUACUGGGGAACAGAGGCGCAGGGCAGUGCAGGGUGCCAUGGGGCCAGUGGCAGUAUUGGUAAAUGAUAAUGAUCGUGUACUAAUGCUUCAGCUGGGACACUCCAGAAGUACCUGGAGUUCUCAUCAGCACUGCUGGCAGGCCACUGACAGUCAAGGCACUGUCAUAUUCUCAGAGAUCCACACCACUGCUGCCCCAGACAGGAUGUCCAACUUGGCCCAGAGGCAUUUAGAGCCUUAGCUUUCCCCUUUCUCCCUUAUAGUUUUUGUACAGGUAGUUGAGAGACACACUGUCCCCCUCCCUGCCUGGCCCCUCUGUGCACCUGUGAGCUGAGUUGCUGUGCAAUUCCAAGCCUGCUUGUAUUUGGUGAAGAAGGAGGGGGUGUUGGUCACCCUGCCCCUGAGGGCAGGGGCUCUGUGCAAUACCUGGGUCUGUGUUUCUUAGACACUGUUGUAGGACUGUAUUUUUGUAACUAUGUGAGGGUGCUGGCUCCAGCCGGCCCAG